AAUCGACACACAAAACAGUUUAUAAAAUUACCGCAACAAUUAAUAAUAAUGACCUCAAAGACCAUCCUGAUAUUAAUAAUCCAAAUCUAACCGUUAUUAAAAAUAGUUUUGUUGAUGAAGAAGAAGUGAAAAAAUUGAUUUCUUCACAUGAUAUUAUUAUCUUUGCAGCAGGAACAAAACUAUCAAAUGCUUUUUUCCCUAAUAAAGUAUAUUCAAGACCGGCGCCUUGGAUUAGACAAGCUAUAGUUGAAUCUCAAAAUAGAUCAGGAAAACAAAUUAAAUUUAUUGGAAUAACUGCAAUGGCAGCAAGAAACGCUGAUAAAGGACCCUUGUGGAAUGAGCUUAUAUUUGGUACUUGGUGUAAACCCUCAUUUGAAGAUAUGAUACUCUUUGAGGAUACUUUUUUAAAAGCUACGGAUGAUGAGAAAAUUAAUUAUAUAUUUCUCAGACCACCUGGAAUGACAGAAGAUAUUCCUGAUCAUGAUAUUCGUGUUGAUCCUGAAAACAAACCCAGUGGAGAAUUUAGGGUGAAAAGAAAAAUGUUGGCCCAAUUUAUUGUCAAAGAAUGUGUACUCAGUAAUAAGUAUGAUGGGAGAGCCAUGGUUUUAAUUCAUGAUUAG